GGGCCUCUCAAUCACCUAUGCCCAACGAUGUACCCAACGCGAUAUUGACGAGUCUUCUGCUUGCAAGACAACUGUGCGAAGAGGCUGUGCCCGAUACCUCUACUCAGUUCCCGUCGGUUGUGGUGGAAGUCAGAGUCCAACUUUCUUUUUGCCAGACAUCUCGUCCAUCGCGCGACACCGAAAAUAUCACCAUUUUGAACGCGAGGAUUGAUACGGACGUUUGGAAACCGACAAGCGUUGGUGUCGUCGUUAUCAGAUCGGACAAGGCACCCGCUCCACGACAAUGGGGGACGAUCUCAAGUACGCCGCUCCUGCAAGCAAGAACGGCUUUGAGAUUGCGAUACUCUGCGCACUACCCAAGGAACGAGCAGCUGUUUUGUUACUCCUCGACGAUCUCUGGGAUGGAAAGGGCAGUAACCGGCACCGGUAUGCCAGGGCCGAAGGGGACGUCAACAUCUACACGCAUGGGCGGAUCGGGAGGUUCAAUGUAGUUAUCGUCCUUCUUGACACCAUGGGCAAAGUCCCGGCUGCCGGUGCAGCUACCGCCGUCCGAAUCAGUUACCCCAAUAUUUCCCUAGCCCUGAUCGUCGGCAUUUGCGCCGGGGUGCCGUUCCCCAAGAAGAGUCAGGAAGUCAUCCUCGGCGACAUCGUUGUCAGCAACAUCCUGAUUCACCGCGACUUUGGAAGACAAUACUCCGAUCGCUUUAAGGCCAAGGUUGAAGCCGAGGAUGUGUACGGCCGACCGAACAAGAAUAUUCGGAGCUUGCUUAGGUCGCUGGGAGACGAUGGUUGUCCUGAGGUCGAAGAACAAGCUGCAGAGUACCUACGGCAGCUUCAGGAGAAAAAUGAUACAGACCCAAAGCAGGAAACCGGCAAAUACAAAUACCCUGGAGUAGACAAGGACAAACUUUUUGGCGAUGCCUACGAACAUAAACAUCACGACCCUACCUUGGAUUGCGGCUGUUGCACACAAGGUUCUACCUGCGAGGGAUCCCGGGAAAUUGAGUGUGAUGAACUCGGCUGCGACGACAAUUUGUUGGUUCCGAGGCAAAGACUUACUCGACAUCGUGCCCAAGGAUCGACCCCGCUUCCUCAGAUACACAUUGGCCGUAUGGGGUCCGGAGACAGUGUCAUACGCUCUGCCCAGCACCGCAAUGCUCUCGCUGCCGAAGGAGUCAUCGGCAUAGAGAUGGAGGGUGCGGGAGCUUGGGACGAACUGCCUUCUAUUGUGAUCAAAGGGGUAUGUGACUACGCUGACAGCCACAAAAGUAAAAUGUGGCAGGACUAUGCGGCGGCUACUGCUGCAUCAGUUGCGAAGGCUGUUUUGGAUGAGUACCCAGGGAGCGGAAGGGUUUCUGGGGACACACAUGGUCCGCAAGAAGCUAUGAACCCGCUUGUUGAUUCUGCAAGGCACCAGGAGAUGCAGCAAAUGUCAGAGAAGGAUCAGCAAUGCUUAAAGGACUUGCGCAUUACCAAUCCUCGCCACGAUAAAACCCGCAUCGAACAGACCAAAGGCGGUCACUAUAGAGUCAAAUUCUCUCUUCGGGGUAUGCCGAGGUCAAACAACUUCGUGCCUCGACCCUCUGAUAUUACGGAUAUUGAGAAAUCUCUUCUUCCUCACCACCCGAAAAAACAAGGGUGCAAUGUCUUUGUUCUUCACGGGCUCGGCGGAAUUGGGAAAACUCAACUAGCUGUCAACUUUGCACGGCAAUACCAAGCUGCCUUCAGCGCCAUCUUUUGGCUGGACGGCACAUCAGAAGACAGCCUUAAACAAAGCUUUGCCAGUUGUGCAAAGAGGAUACCAAAAGACCAGAUUCCUGAGAAUAUCAGAAGUCCAAAAACAGGCGAUGAAGUCGAUCUUAACGAUAUUGUGGAGCACGUACAAGAGUGGCUCGCAGAAGAUAACAAUGUCGAUUGGCUUUUGAUCUUCGAUAACGUUGAUCUCGAUCAUACGCAAGGAGAAAAACCGGGCGCUUAUGACAUUCGAAAGUAUCUUCGGAGUGACCACGGCGCAGUCCUGAUUACAUCCCGGUUGUCCAAGCUAGCACAGCUUGGCGAAUCUAAGCGCAUUAAACGUGCUGACCCAGACUUGAGUAAGAAAAUAUUCGAGAAGUGGUACGGGAAGGAACUAAUGAUGGAUGAUGAUGCACAAGAGUUGCUGCGUUUAUUAGCAGGUCUGCCACUUGCACUCGCGCAAGCCGCUGCAUUUAUAGGAGACUUAAACCUAUCUGUCGCUGAGUACAUUCGCCUAUAUAAGCAGCAGUGGGGUAAACUCUUCCGGAAUACGAACUCCGGCCUACUAGACUACGAUAAUCGCAGCGUGAUGACGACCUGGACGAUAUCAUUCAACAAGAUCGAGGCGAGGGACAAGAACGCUGGGAAUCUACUACGGCUUUGGGCUUUUCUCGACAAUAGAGAGAUGUGGCACAGUCUACUGCAAGUGGCCAGAAAUAACCAGGAGCAGUGGCCUGGAUGGUUGCGCGAUAUAGCGCGCGAAAAGGUUGAGUUUCUCAAUGCAGCGGGAUUGCUGCUCCGCUACUCUAUGAUCGAGGCCCGAGAGUCUGAGCAAAGCAGCUAUAGCAUGCAUCCGGUAGUGCAUGAAUGGAUAUCGCAUAUACAAGAUGACGAUGGGAAGAGAGUGUUUCUACGGCUAGCGGUAAUGUUGAUAGGAUUUUCAGUGCCCGACCGUACGACUAAGAAUUAUUGGGUACUCCAGCGACGGCUUCUCCCUCAUGCGGAGAGGUGCUCAUGGUGGAUGGGAGAAUUAGAAGGAGGAGAGUGUAAUAUGGAAGACAUUACCAUCGGUCAUGCAACACAUAGCUUGGGCAACCUCUAUGUGACUCAGGGCCGGCUAAAGGAGGCUGAAGCGAUGUAUCAGCGAGCGUUAGAAGGCAAGGAGAAGGCGCUUGGACCGGAUCAUACGUCGACUCUCAAUACAGUUAACAACUUGGGAAGCCUCUACGCGGAUCAGGGCCGGCUAGAGGAGGCUAAAGCGAUGUAUCAGCGAGCGCUAGAAGGCAAGGAGAAGGCGCUUGGACCGGAUCAUACGUCGACUCUCGAUACAGUUAACAACUUGGGCCUUCUCUAUAAGACUCAGGGCCGGCUAAAGGAGGCUGAAAUGAUGUAUCAGCGAGCGCUAGAAGGCUACAAGAAGGCGCUGGGACCGGAUCAUACGUCGACUCUCAAUACAGUUAACAACUUAGGCAGCCUCUACGCGGAUCAGGGCCGAUUAAAGGAGGCUGAAGUGAUGUAUCAGCGAGCGCUAGAAGGCAAGGAGAAGGCGCUUGGACCGGAUCAUACGUCGACUCUCGAUACAGUUAACAACUUGGGCCUUCUCUAUAAGACUCAGGGCCGGCUAAAGGAGGCUGAAAUGAUGUAUCAGCGAGCGCUAGAAGGCUACAAGAAGGCGCUGGGACCGGAUCAUACGUCGACUCUCAAUACAGUUAACAACUUAGGCAGCCUCUACGCGGAUCAGGGCCGAUUAAAGGAGGCUGAAGUGAUGUAUCAGCGAGCGCUAGAAGGCAAGGAGAAGGCGCUUGGACCGGAUCAUACGUCGACUCUCGGUAUAGUUCACAACUUGGGCCUUCUCUAUGUGACUCAGGGCCGGCUAAAGGAGGCUGAAAUGAUGUAUCAGCGAGCGCUAGAAGGCUACAAGAAGGCGCUGGGACCGGAUCAUACGUCGACUCUCAAUACAGUUAACAACUUAGGCAGCCUCUACGCGGAUCAGGGCCGGCUAGAGGAGGCUAAAGCGAUGUAUCAGCGAGCGCUAGAAGGCAAGGAGAAGGCGCUUGGACCGGAUCAUACGUCGACUCUCGAUACAGUUAACAACUUGGGCCUUCUCUAUAAGACUCAGGGCCGGCUAAAGGAGGCUGAAAUGAUGUAUCAGCGAGCGCUAGAAGGCUACAAGAAGGCGCUGGGACCGGAUCAUACGUCGACUCUCAAUACAGUUAACAACUUGGGCAACCUCUACGCGGAUCAAGGCCGACUAAAGGAGGCUGAAGUGAUGUAUCAACGGGCGCUGUCUGGUUAUUCAGCAGCCUUAGGCUCGUCCCACGCGAAAUCUCUUCUUGUCAUAAAGAAUAUAGGAUCUUUACAACUUGCAAAAGGUAGCCUCUCUCUGCAAGAACUAAUAGUUAAGUUUGCUAACAUUUAUAACUAG